UCUGAAUGACGACGCCGCGGAUACAAAAAAGAGAAAGGGAAAAAAGCUAGGACAAUUGCUAGCUACUAGCUAGUUAAGAACAGCGGGAAACAUUUUUACAUUUUACUCUUGUUUUUAUAUUUUGCGGAUCCUUUAUCAGUAUUUUUGACUACCGAUGUCAAGUAACUUGUGUUAGCUAGCCAACAGAGAGCGAUGAUAGAUAUUUGAGAAUAUUUAGCUGUUUAUUUAGCAUUAGCCUAGCUAACUAUUAUUAGCUAGCUAGCUACAUGCUUAGAUAACUAGCUACCGAGGAAAUAGUUAGACAGCACACUGUCUAGGUGACUAGCUAUUUCACUCUAUUUGUUUUUAUCUGUGACAUUUUGUUCAUCUUGAUGAGAAUGGCAACAACGGCCCUGUACGCGUGUACGAAGUGUAACCAGCGGUAUCCGUUCGAAGAACUGUCGCAGGGACAGCAGCUGUGCAAGGAGUGUCGCAUCGCUCAUCCCAUCGUCAAGUGUACAUACUGCAGAUCAGAGUUUCAGCAGGAGAGCAAAACAAACACCAUUUGCAAGAAGUGUGCCCAGAAUGUAAAGCAGUUUGGGACGCCCAAACCCUGCCAAUACUGUAACAUCAUUGCUGCUUUCAUCGGGACAAAGUGUCAGCGUUGCACCAACUCAGAGAAGAAGUAUGGCCCUCCACAGACCUGCGAGCAGUGCAAACAACAGUGCGCAUUUGACCGCAAGGAGGAGGGCAGGAGAAAGGUGGAUGGGAAACUGCUGUGCUGGCUGUGCACUCUGUCUUACCGCCGUGUGCUGCAGAAGACCAAGGAGCAGAGGAAAGGCUUCAGCUCCUCCCACUCCAACUCCUCGCUCAACGAGAAGGACCACCACUCCAGACAGCACCAUCACCACCAGCAGCACAGACACAGCAGCUCACACAAACUCAGUGGGAGCCUAAGUCCAGAGCAGGAGCAGGGAAUGUGGAAGCAGAGCCAUAAAUCGUCUUUGAUCCAGAAGGAGACCCCAAAGAAGAAACCAAAACUGGAGAUGAAGCCAUCCAACGGGGACAGGUACGAGAGGAGUUUCAAUCACAUUAGUUCCAUCACCCAAUCUAUGGAUUCUGGAGGAACGGACAACUUCAUUCUGAUCAGCCAGCUGAAAGAGGAAGUGAUGUCAUUAAAGAGAAUGCUUCAGCAGAGGGAUCAGACAAUACUGGAGAAGGACCGAAAGCUCACGGAGCUCAAGGCAGACUUCCAGUACCAGGAAUCCAACAUGAGGGUAAAGAUGAACAACAUGGAGAAGGCACACAAAGAGGCCAUGGAACAGCAACAGGCCAAAAAUCGGGAGCUGCUAAAACAAGUGGCCGCACUCUCAAAGGGCAAGAAGUUUGACAGAACAGGGAGUUCACUGCUGUUACCCUAACGACAAGCCCACCCAACCACAGCUCAGAGUGGCUUCAUUGUUUUAACACUGUGAAAGCCUGAUGCCAUUUUCCCUUUCCCUCUCUCCUUCCUGUUUUCUCAAUCAUUUUGAUCCUUUUCAGUUAUGUUCUUCGUUGGAAAACCUGGUGAAAUUUCAACAUGUUUUAACCCAGAGUUUUUUUUUCUGUCAAUGGAUGUGACUGCGGAUGGAGGGAGGAGAGCGCCUCGUUAACACUGCCUGUGUCCAGUAGCAUGGUUUGCGCAAGGUGGAAAAGAUUCUGUCAACAUCACAGAACCAACUUGAUUUUUAUAGAUGUCAUGCAAUUUUAUUUAUUCAAUUGUCUUUCGUAGUGUUUUCUCACCACAUACUCAGUGUAUAUUCCAGGUUUGGGGGAUUUUUUUCUUCAACAGCAACUUUCUCGUAACAUAUUAGUUAUAUUUUUCUAAUUGGACGUAAUUAUGGAAUAGGAACUCUCCUCCUUAUUGGAGACCCUUCUCAACUUACUAUGUAUGCAAAUGUCUAAAUGGUGUCCGACCACAGCGUUGCUGGCCAGCAGCAGAGACAUCUUUCAACGUUAAAGUCCAAAAACCAUGAACUCUUUGAGAGAUUUUUAAACCUUGUUAAUUAGACACCUCCCGGCUGCCCUCUUUCUCACUGUGACAGCUGUAGUGCUUCGCUGUUUCUCUGUAGUGGAACGAUUGUAAUACUGCAUGACUUAGUGCCAUAUACAGGUUGGCAUUGUGGUCUCAUGUACUGUAAUGUACUUGUACUUUUUUUUAUCAUAUGUAAAGGUAUUACAGGGGUCAGCCUAUGUAUUUAAAAUGUGUAACUUGUAUUGGUUUUAGUGAGUAUGUGUAAGGCUGUUUUAAUUAUAUAAAUACAUAUGUAGAAUACGGUUUUUAAAGGAACACAACUUUCACUUUACAGCUCUGGACCAAACUGGUUUCAAACUGUGGCGUACAGAUCACUUUUGUACUUUUUUUCCAAACCCAAUGUUUCAAAAAAUAUUAAAUCUGGUUAAACAUG